AUGGAUAGCCGCCGUCGGCGGCGGCCCCACCACUCCUUCAUCAACUUCGGCCCCACCAUCUCCAACUCCACCACCAAUCUCCUCUGCUGCGACCGCUCCCAUUUCCGCACCGACGUCUGCUACAUGCUCGGAGACAUCCGUACUGGCGGCGGCGGCCGAUCCAUCCUUCUCGUCAGCCCUUCACAGAACAACAAAACAGAGGAAAGGAUCAGACCUUACACACGUAAAUGGGAAAAGGGGAUCAUGAACACCGUCGGCGAGCUCGCUCUCCGGCCAUCGCUGCCAGCGGCCGCCAAAAUCUGUGACGUGAAGCAUAAAGCUCCGGCGGUAGUUUUCUCAACGGCAGGAUAUACGGGGAACGUUUUUCACGAGUUUAACGAUGGGCUGAUUCCGUUAUAUAUAACGGCGGCGAGGUUCUCCGGCGAGGUGGUUUUGGUGGUCUCGGAGUAUCAUGAGUGGUGGUUUAGCAAGUACGAGAUGAUUUUGGAGAAGAUGAGUCGAUAUGAGAUUGUGGAUUUGAGAAGGGACAGGAGGGUUCAUUGCUUUGAUGAGAUGAUUGUUGGAUUGAAGAUUCAUGGGGAUCUUGCUAUUGAUUCAAAUCUCAUGCACGAGGGCAAAAGCAUCCACGACUUCCAAUCCCUCCUCACCGCCGCACUCGCCCCCACUGCCCACAAACCGUCGCCGGAGCCGCCGCUCUCAGCCGCCCGCUUCAAACUCACGAUCAUCGUCCGCCACCACUCCCGCCGCCUUCUGAACCUCCAAUCAAUCCUCCACCUCCUCCACCACUCCGGCUUCCAGACCACCCUCCUCUCCCCCAAACGCUCCACCCCUCUCUCCGACAUCCACCGCUCCCUGACCGCCGCCGACGCACUCCUCUCCGUUCACGGCGCCGCCCUCACCCACCUCCUAUUCAUGCGCCCCGGCUCGGUUCUCAUCCAGAUCAUCCCCCUCGGCUUGGACUGGGCCGCCGAGACAUAUUACGGCGAGCCGGCACGGCGGCUAGGGUUACGGUACCUGGCUUAUAAUGUGACGGCGGGGGAGAGCUCGUUGUCGAAGGAGUACGGGAAGGAUGAUCCGGUUCUGGUAAACCCUAAUUUUGUGACGAAGAAAGGGUGGGCGGAGACGAAGAGGGUUUAUAUGGACAAGCAAGAUGUGGAUUUGGAUUUACAGAGGUUUGGGAAAGUAGUUCGCCGGGCGAAGGCAAUUCUUAAGGACAAAUUAUUAAGAUCUCAUAAAAAUAUUUAA